UAAAUCUGUAGUCUUGAAGUUACCAGUAAUAUCAGAACAGUGUUAUAAUUCAUUUUCAAUCAGCAGAUUAACAUCAACAUUUUAUUUUUAACCGUAGCUUCGCCGUUAGCUGGAAGCGAGCUACAUGUUUGGUUUUAGGCUAACACGUUAGCAGAGCUGCUGCAGAGCGACGACUGCUUGGUUCGUUCUGGUUUGACAUUUAAAUUCUGUGUUUUCAGCAACUUCUUUAAAUACAAUAUGAACGUAUACAGCUCAUAAGGUCAGCAUGGCCAAGCAGUGGUCUGAGGGCCACUCCACAGCCAUCCUGUGUGUUGGAGCGUCUUCAGGCCCAGAGGGUCUCCUUGCCUCAGGCUCCGAGGGCGGGGAGGUCACAGUGUGGAGCCAAGAGGGAACCAUCGUAGGCCGUCUGACUCUCCCCGGCGAGGAGGACAGCACAGGUGUGGUGUUUUCACCUGCGGCUCCGAGCCAGCUCUAUGUGUCACAUGGAGACACAGUGAGUGUGCUGGACCCCCGAAACCUGAAGGGCCCUGUGGAAGAGUUUCAGGGUGCAGGGGAGGAGGAGAUAAACGCUUUGGCGCUAAACGAGACAGGGUCAUCCCUGGCAGUGGCUGAUGACUCCGGGGCAGUCCGGGUGCUGGAGCUUCCCGGGGGGAAAGUGUUCAGGACUCUUCGUAGACACACAAACAUUUGCUCCUCUGUGGCAUUUCGGCCUCACAGGCCCAAUAACCUUCUGUCUGCUGGAUUAGACAUGCAGGUGAUGCUGUGGGGGCUGCAGAAGACGCGUCCUCUCUGGACCCUCAACCUCCAGGAUGUAGCAGAGGAAGAAGGCGACCAUCAGCAGCGUCCUGGUCAGCUUUUCAACCCGCCGCUGGUGCACUGCGUUUCUGUGGCAAGUUGUGGAAACAUUUUGGGUUGUGCUGCUGAGGACGGCCGGGUGCAUCUGAUGCGGAUUGGCAGCGGCUCUAAACUGGAACAGCAGGGAGCGGUCAAGGCUCACAGUCAGGGCGCCUCACAAGCCCACUUUGUUAACUUCCUCCCUCACCCUUACUGGCUCGUCACUGGGGGAAAUGACGGCCAGGUCGCCCUGUGGGACCUCAGUAAGCACCCGGUGAUCACUCCAGAGGCAAAGGCCAAAACGCGAGUGACGGCAGCCCCACGCAGGAAGGGCAAGAGCAAGGCAAAGAGGAAAGAACAAUCCCAGGACAAAGCAAAGAGCCCACCAAAAGCUGAAGCAGAGAAAGAAGAAGGGGAGGAUGAGGUGGCUGCAGGUUCAGAGGAGGUGAUGGAGGAGAAGUCUGGGCCCAAACUGAGCAUCGGUCACGGGGACAAGGUGAACUGGUUGUGUCCGGCUGUGCUGAAAGGAGAACCCAGUGUGGUCGUAGCAGAUCAGAGCUCCAGUCUGACGGUCUACCCUCUGACUCAACUAUAGACUCGAGCACUUUGCAACAUGUUCUGUAGUCUUCUGUUUCAGUCAUAGCGAUGCACCAUUUCCACUUGCCUUAUUUUUAGUUUACAAGCAUUUUUGAAAUAGUACACGCUCCUGUGUUUGAUGCUGUUAGAACUGACAGCAUUGAUAUUUGGACUUUGGGUCUAAAUGGCGAUUGGUAUAACGUUGUGACAGUAAGAUCUUGGCUCCUUUUUAAUAAAGACUGAACUGUGGCCUGAAACGUAACUGUUACAAAACCAUUAGAGGAUGGAAAAUCUAUACAGAGGCAGGAAGACGUCACAAAAUUUUUUUUAUGAGUUUUCACCCAUAUUCAACAAACUACAUGUGUAACUGAUGUUCUGAUUUUUUGAAAGCAUCUCUUCUCUGAUAUGGCUUAUCUGAUGGUUUUGCGUGUGUGGCCUCCUUUGAAACAUUCUGCUGUACUCACUCUGUAAAAACUACCACAUUAAGACAAAAGAAAUCUGCAUGUUGAGUGUGUGUGGUGCUUUUUAUAGAAUAAAAACAUCUCAAUCUAAACCAGGUGACAGACA